UUCCUUUUCUCUUCAAGGGAUGUCCCUACAGAAUUGGCUAAACAGCAUUUGACCUUUCUAACUACCAAUCCCCAUCCUUAAGUGAAGGCUACCUUAGAUCCAGCUCUGAAAACUACGGCCUUCUCCUCCUUCCUGAUUUGUCAUCAUUCAGCCACUUACUAAGAAGGAAAACAUGAGUUCCAAGAAUGAAUCAGAUGGAGUUUCUGGACGUGAGCCAUCGUUGGAACUCCUGUCACGGGCACAGAUCCAUGCCAUACCUGUGGCAGCUAUGGACUUGAAGCCGGUUCUUCCCAUGGUGAUGCAGAAUUCUUGCAACAGCAACAGCAGCCCAGUGGAUUUGCGGAUGGAUUCCCGAUCCAAUGUGCCCACUAUGGACCCAACUGUCCGGGAGCAGCAGCUGCAGCAGGAACUGCUGGCUCUGAAACAGCAACAGCAAUUGCAGAAGCAGCUGCUCUUUGCCGAGUUUCAGAAGCAACAUGAGCACCUAACACGGCAGCAUGAAGUCCAAUUGCAGAAACACCUCAAGCAACAGCAAGAGAUGUUGGCAGCAAAGCGUCAACAAGAACUAGAGCAACAGCGUAAACGAGAACAACAGCGACAAGAAGAGCUGGAGAAGCAGCGUCUGGAGCAGCAGUUACUCAUCUUACGCAACAAGGAGAAGAGCAAAGAAAGUGCUAUUGCAAGCACUGAAGUGAAGCUGAAACUUCAAGAGUUCCUUCUCAGCAAGUCAAAAGAGCCAACUACAGUGGGUGGCUUGAAUCAUUCCCUCUCCCAGCAUCCAAAAUGCUGGGGGGCUCAUCAUACCUCAUUGGACCAGAGUUCCCCUCCCCAGACAGGCAGCCCGGGAACACCAGCCUCUUGCAAACUACCUUUACUUGGCACUUAUGAUAGCAGAGAUGACUUUCCACUCCGGAAAACUGCCUCAGAACCCAAUUUAAAAGUGCGCUCACGAUUAAAACAGAAGGUGGCAGAGAGAAGAAGCAGUCCUCUGUUGCGGAGGAAAGAUGGGACAGUCAUCAGCACCUUCAAAAAACGAGCAAUUGAAAUCACAGUAUUUGUGCAUCCCCUAAUUAGUGAUUCCAUUUAA